AGCAGCUGAAGGGGACCUGAAAACUGGAGCUGGUUAUACUCCAGUAAUGCGCUUUGUUAACAAGCAGCUGGCUCACUCCCGGCCUGGCUUUAUAGGAGGUUAUGGGCUGGAGCAGUAGAGCAGAGGUAAAGCUGUCACAUGAUCGCUGCGGCCGCUCAGCCUCUCUCCGUGAUCAGCAGCAGCAGCAGCAGCAGCAGGAGGAGCAGGAGCAGCCGGGGCUCCGUGGGAACACACGGCUUUGUUCCCCAUCCAUCAACACCUCCGCCGCCGCCGCCUCCCUGCCUCUAGUCAUGCCAUGGAUACUUUGUGGCAAUACCAGUUCCGAAUCAUCCUGCUCGGGGACUCCACUGUGGGCAAGUCGUCGCUGCUGAAGCGCUUCACGGACGGCAUUUACAGCGACGUGGCGGAUCCGACGGUCGGGGUGGAUUUCUACGCCCGCUCGCUGGACAUCGAACCCGGGGUUAAAAUCAAGCUGCAGCUCUGGGACACGGCCGGACAGGAGCGCUUCAGGUCUAUCACAACAUCAUACUACCGCAAUUCUGUUGGGGGACUGCUGGUCUUUGACCUCACCAACCGCAAAACCUUUGACCAUGUGAGAGAAUGGCACAAGGAGGUGAGCGAGCACAUCCUGCCUCACCAUAUGGUCUACAUACUCAUCGGCCACAAGAGCGACCUCAACAAGGACCGCAAGGUGAGCCGGGAUGAGGCAGAGCAGCUGGCCGCCGAGCUGGGAAUCCGCUAUAUUGAGACGUCGGCUAAGUGCAACAGCAAUGUGGACCGGGCGUUCGAGCUGCUGACCAGAGAUAUCUUUGAGCUGAUGAAGAUGGGGGAGAUUGUUACCCGUGACGGCUGGGAUGGCGUAAAAAGUGGUCUCACCGCAAAGGUCCUCUACCCAGGCGACGAAGAAGAGGAGCUGGCGACGGCAUCUGCUGAGAAGGGCUGCCACUGCUAACUGUUGAUUCUUUGUGUUCAUAAACUGUCCCGUCGCCCUGAGAGCUCACCUCCUCCCUCAGCUGUCCAUAGAAACCAGAUGACUUUGGGUCAGCCCCCUGUGAUAUAGCCACGCUUCCCUCCUUUCUUUGUGAAUUGUGCACUUGUCUUUGUCUGGGUCACUCUGAGAACUAGGAUUAUUGCAAGGCAAUGUGCAUUGGCAGGUGAUAUCUAGUAAUGUACAUGGUGAGGCAUAACACAGGGUCCAUAGAGCCUCAUUCAACUGCAAAAAAAAAUGAAACUAGCCAUUUGCUCUUCUCUCAGUAUAGGAGCAAAUGGAGUACUGACUAGUUGGUUGCUUGUCUACCUGUUAAAGUUUGUGCAAUGUUUUGCCUACACUCUGCUGUAACUCUCACGAAUAAUGUUAAAAGCUAUUGAGGAGGUGGCUAAAAAGAUCUCACGAAGCUUUUCACUCAAUAGUGCAAAGAAAAAGCACACUGCAAUAAGUGUAAAUCAGUGUGCUCCUCCUAUUAUUGUAAGCUGUGUGCACUAACGCCAAACAUGUCAAACCUUUAAUCAUUUUUGUAAAUAGAUAAAUAACACCAGAAACUGAGAAUAUUUGUAGUUAACAUGUUUAAGUACAGAUAGACUAUUGUGCUGAAGGUUAGUGAUUUGAUUUAAGGCAUCUGUAAAUAACACCAGUAUCAACAUGUGGACUUGAGCUAUUGACUUCUCAGUUAUAAUUAUGUUAAUUGGCAAAAGAAAAGACAUCUUGACUUGCAGCUUUUUGUUGCUCCUUCAGACAUUCAUUAAUGCAGAUUUAGGUAAUAUCGGUAAUACUGUCACACAGGUCUGAAGAUACUGAAGCCACUGCUCUACUUGGAUAGAUGACUUUGGGAGGAAACUGAAAUAUCCAGAGAAUCAUGAGAAAAUCUGGAGACCCUGUGAGGCUGUGGUUUGUUGUUAUCAUUCUCACUCACUGUACUUAAGGUUCUGCUGUUUAGUGUGUCGGGUUGUGCGGAAGUUUAUUGUUACGUUAUGCAAUGCAUUCACAACCAUUUUUGUUUUACAGAAAUACUGUAGUUGGGUUAAAAUACCUCAAAUAUAAAGUCCCUCUGCACUCUUCUAAGCCCUUUAUGAAAGACAUUGUUGACAUUUCUGACACUCCCUGAAGCUUUUUGUUUCUGUCACAUGUCUACCAACCUUUAGCUCUCUUUUGCACUACUUAUUUUUAAGGUUUUUCCUUAGAUAAUAGUACAAUAAUUGUAGGUAUGAUCACAGUACAAGGUUCACACAAGCUUGUAUUUCACAUAACUGCACAACAGACGGCAUUUUUAAAUAGAGCAGAGCCACACUCUGACAAAAAGACAUGUCUUGACCAUUUUCUAGAAGAAACUGUUGACUGAAUGCAGUCAUAUUCAGAAUGUAGUUUUUCUGACGAGAUACCAAAUAAGAACCAGGUAAACACUGAAUGAAUUGUAAAUUGUGAUGUAUAGUACAAUUAGUCAUAUCUCCAAAUAGCUUUUGGGACAUUUAAUUUGUCAGAGCUUGAAGCUUUACUGUUUAAAAAAUUGUCAUCUUCUGUUGGACAAGCCACUUUUGAGAACUGUGCCAGAUUACUGAGCUAUGACACACAUGCAGUUUAUGUACUAAAAUGUAUGACUACAAAACACACAUUAUCCUGACCAAAGGAGGAUAUUUAAAUACACUGAUUGGCACAGAAUACUGAAGAAGUUACUCACACUCACUGCAAAGUGUAAGCAUUAACUGACUCACAGAACAUUUUUACUUAAGUAAGCUAAUGUCUUAAUGAGAAAACAGUCACUUAGCUAACGGCACCUAAUGUGCUCUCUAAACAGGAAUGAUGUUAUGCAAAUACACAAAAAGCUUUUAUUGUUUCACCUCUGCAUCCACGUGGAAACACUGUUUUAGGAGCCCUGAAACUAUUUUUUUCCAGAGAUGGCUUCAGCUCUGAAAAGGCCUAUAAUAAGUGCCACCCUGGUGUUUCCACUUGUGCCAGCUUUGAGUUUUCAUGUAGGUUGCCAAUUAAUAUUGUGUUGACAACAGUGAUGUCAUAGCCCCAGCUCUAGCCUAACCCUAAAUCCCAAGAACAUCAAUACAUCAUCUUCAUGUUUAUGCACCAUGCCUUCCUCUGUUUUUGCUAUAUUAUAGUAUGUAGGCAUAUGCAUUGCCACAUGCAGGUCUGGCAUUGUUACUGCAGCAUUUUGGGUCAUUUUUAAGACUUUUGCGAGGACAAAAACAUAUCCAGAGAUUGGCAAGUUUAUGAUAAACAUUUUGGAAUUAACAAAUAUUUGUACAAGGUCUAAGAUGCGAUUUGACAGUUCAUAUUGUUUAUUAGCUAAAAUGUUAUUGGGAGUCAUGCUUUUACCAGGUUUACUUUUGUAAAACAAUCUGGUGAAAGUGAUGGGCGAAUGUUCACAAGCUAACUAAAACUAAAGUCCACUGUGUUCUUCCUUUUAGUUUGGCAGUCUUUGUAACAAUGGCUGCUGCCCGGUGAAGCUGACAGGAGAACAGUUAUGUGAUUCCCUUUUCUUGAGUCUAACCUGGAAGUGAAAUAUUAGCCAGCUGCUAUCAAAUGUUCAGAAUUGUUCUGUGUUGCAUUUUUCAUUUGCAGACUUCAGGUAGACAAAAAUGUGCUCAGAGCAAUAGACCCAAAAUAAAUGGACAGCGCUUUCUGUUCUUCAAUGUAAAACAGCUCAAGGCAGGAUAUGGAUAUUUAUUCUCCCAGUUAAAUCUCACAAAGAAAAUACAGUCAAAUGUUUUCUCAACAUUUUGAAUUGUUUAUAUUAUAGUUUUCAUAAAAGCUAAAUUAUGUCAACACAUUUAUUAGGCAGGUGAAGGUAAGAUAGUUUUGCAUCUUAACUGUAGAAAUAAAUGUAUAGUUGCUGGCAAUUUUUAUGCUAAAUUAUGGACACUUACUUUUAAAGUUACCUUAACCACUAACCGAUGACUAAUUUACCCAGCAUGCUUUCUUCUAAUAUACCAUAAUAAACUAUGAAAUUACAACAAAGCCAGAGCUGUGUGCAUGGCAUGCAGCCUUUCUAGGAUUGAGAAUCAUUACUGGACUAAAGAGCUUUUUAAACAAAAAGCCAGAUAAUCUGGGUUACUAAGGCUUGGGCCGUACAACAGGCCACAGCACACUUUACUUGGGAAUUCACCUGUCCUCCCUGCCUACUCAGCUUUCACCAGCACCCCAUCAAACAACUUCUUUAAUUUAAAAUUACUGUAAGUGGGGCUCAUCACCAACCCGUCACUUUUUCUGCUCUAUAAUACAGAUUAUGUAGUCAAUUCAGCAUACAAUAUGAUUGUAGCACCUGUAAAAGAUAGUAUGCUACAUCUGCACCAUCCCUUUAUUCUUUACGCUCACACUCAAAUUCACUUUACAUGAUAUAUUUUUCUGCAUAUAAAGUAUUACAUAUAUUAUGUUCUCAGUGCGUGGGAAGACUUUAUCUUACAUGAGCUAUGCUUUGAUAGACUGAAUUUAAAGUAACAUAUCUGACUGUUCCAAUCACUACCUUUAUUUAUGACUUGUCUCUCUCCUUCAUACAGGGUCAAACUGUACAAUAUUUGUUGUUGAUACAGUGAUUUUAGUCUACUGUUCUGUUCACCCUACGAUUCCCAUUCUUAACCAAAGUAUAUCAAGAUGGCCGACUUGUUUUGUCUUGAAGGAUAGUACUGGUUAAAAUAUUCUUUUUGGGAGACCGCAUUUUUGAAUGUGCUAUGAAAUGCCUCUUUACCAACCAUUAAUUCUGAAAACAAUAUUUUAAAUGUAUUUUUUUGUUUGUUUUUUGCAACUUGUAUUACUAUGAUUGCAUCUUUCCAUUGCAAAACCCUGCUUGUCUCAUCCUGUAACAUUUAAAAAGAAGUGUUGUUUUCACAAAGAUGUACCUGUUGGGCUGCAAAGUGUGAAGUGACAAUAAUUUUGCCUCUGUGUCUGUGGGUUAAAUCUAGAAGUCGAGGCAGCCUUACAUAGCCUUUAUGCUUAGGUCGAGGAAUGGUAAAGGAGAAAAAGAUGAAAUAUCCUCUGCUAAGAUAGGCUAGUUAGUUUUUGCACUACACUUGUUUUUUAGACUGAUUAUACAUACAUAAUUAAUAAACUAUUACCUUUAGAUCCGUUUAGAUUCAGCAAGAGUAUUAUUUGCGUAAAUCUUAGCUGGAAAAUUGCUUCAGGAAGUGAGAACAAAAAAAGUGUCUUAGUCAGAUUUUGCUAAGGUUAGCUUAGCACGGCAGUUAGCUGGAGGUAGGUUUUCCCAUUUAACAUUAUGUCACUUUAUUUUAAUGUUGUUAUUUUUGAUGGCAUCCACUGUCGCUAAGCAGAUUCUUAAUGAGAACCUCGUUUUGAUCAACAGCUCCAUCAGAUGUGUGGCUAAAGUUCCUUUUUGAAAAUAAAAUCAACAUGUUUCUUAAUCAUCAGUAAACCUAAUUUUAUUUUCAUUCUUUAGUUUGCAGAAAGGUUCAAACAGCAGAGUUGAAGAGCUAAUGCAGAAGAGUUACAAAUGUGUUGUUGAUGUGCUGGGCUCUGGCAUUGUGAAUCAAACAGCUCAGUCUAAACCACUUCUCAUGAUGAAAAAAUAAAAUGCAGCGCUGGAACUAAACCAUGAAACCUUCAAAGGUUAGAAUUCCCAACCAUAUUUCAUUAUUUUAUUUGUCAUUUAAAAGAUUUCUGGGUGAUGUAAUCUCAGUGACUGGUAAAAGAAUAAAUAAAUAAAUAAAUGUUCAAUAUAUUA